UUCAGCUGUAGGUCAAGAUGUGUGAGAAGAAGGACCUUGUUGACAUCCUGGAUGAUUUAAGAAAAGCUGAUUUCGACACCUUUAAAUGGCAUCUGAAGCAAGAAACCUGGAACGGCAAGGGACCCAUCAAAGAAAGCAAAUUGGAGGAUGCAAAGAUACUUGCAGUUGUGGACCUGAUGGUCCAGAUGUUUGAGCUCCCUGGAGCUGUGGAGGUCAUGGUGAACAUUUUAAAGAAGAUCAACAGGAAUGACCUGGUGAAGAAGCUCGAAGAUCUGAGUCCUGCAGCUGCAGUGAAGAAAGAUGAAUCAAAACCUUCAGCUGGAGCGAGGAACAAGGGAGAGGAAUUCUCUGAUCCAGAGGAAAAACUUUUCAAGGUUCGCCCUGAGUUUGUGGACAGAGUUUCUGAGGAAAUCCUGAUUCAGCUCCUUGAUGGCCUGGAGGCAGAUGGGGUCUUUAAUUGUUCAGAGAAAGAAGGUAUGCUUCAAAAGAACCAAACCAGAGCAAACAAGGCCCGGGAGACCAUCAAUGCUGUGAUGAAGAAAGGACAGAUAUCCUGCAGACUGAUGAUCAAACAUCUUCAUCUCAUAGAUCCUACUCUGUCCAAUCAGCUGGGUUUGUCUUCUAACUGAUGUUAGAAAUAAAUAAUUCUGUGUUUGAAGAUGCUAUAUCUCUUUUAGCUGCCUGCAUGCUCAUAUAUACACACAUGUAUGCUCAUAUAUAGACAGAUAAGGUUAAAGGAAAUGACACAGUAGGGAACGCCUUCUUUAGGGGGUAGCUUAGAUAGAGGCCAACAAAAGGAAUAAGAUACUGGUGUUUGGUGCCAUUUUGCUGUGUUUUCCCACCAGAAAAACAUGAUGGACCAGUCCUGCAUUUUGUAUUAAUAAAUGGAAUUCAUGAAUUCAACUUACCGACUCUUCUUGAAUCUUAUACAUUCCUAACCUAGCUGGAGAAAGGAUAUUUCUCCACAAAUGGAAGCACUGCUGAGAUGUAUGGAAAACAGUGAUUUGAAAAAUGGAGACGCCAGAGUAUGGGUAAACCCACAAAAACAAAAAGUAGAUAGAAACUUUUAAUUGUGUAAUUGAAUGUAACCAAAUCAAAAGAGUUGCCGUCUGAGUUGUUUUGCUCCCAAAUUGAAGGGUGCAGUGUAACUUUAUGGUGAAAUAAAGGAUUUAAAAAAAAGAUAAAAAGGUGUGCCUGGAAUUUGCAGUCCUGUACCCGACAAACCUGACGAGGUAUCUGUGAGCUAUUACACUCAGUGUGGAGUUGGACCCUCAAGUUCAUAGAAAAGAUUUAAAAGUCUCUGUUUUAUUGAGUUUUUGGGAACACCUACACUGAUUAUUUGGGAUGUGGACCCAAGGGGAUGCUGGCCACAGCCAGUGGAAAGGAAUGCAGGCAUGCUGACCCCUCCAAUCUAUUGUCCAUGUGUGCAUUACAUAUGUCAGUGUGUAUUAUUUCAUAAGGGGAUGUAGUCAUGCUGACCCCACAUAUCUGAAUCUUUAUAACACAGAGAAGUCUUUUAUUCGGUGCAACUUCACCUAUAUAAAGUAGCAUAUAGAUGGUUUCAGACCUAAGAUGUUCUCCCUGAAGCAAACAUCUUUGGUUUAUAGUCCCCAAUAAUGGACCAAUUUCAUCAUAGUCUAAGGAGAACAAAGCAGGACAAAUGGGGGUUGCUUAUCAAAGCAGAAUGAACAAUUCAUUCACAUUUUAAAAUUUAAGGGGUUCUACCAA